AUGUCGUUUAAAUUCAAAACGCUAUAUAACUGUUGACUGUUGACCGCUUCGUUGGACAUUGUACCGGUCAGUACAGGAAAGAUGUCAAGCCAGCUGUAUAUCCUGACUGUUAAUGUCAACAUUGGGCUGCAAGGUGGCAUUGAUCUGCCUAGUGCUAUGAGCAAGCUACAAACACUUCUCUGCUCCUACCCUGAUGCUACCCGUUGUCUCCACACUUACAAGGUAACAGGAGAAGCAAAGGUGGUGGCAGUGUUUGAGGUGACCAAUGUGAUAGGCCUUGAGCGGAUGGUGUCUGGAAUUGCUCGAGUUGGCAAUAUGGACGUCACCUGCAAGCCCAUAUUCCCAUACAGGUUUUUUGCUGAGUACCUCAAGGUGAAUGGUGACGUUCUCCUUGGGAAGGGAGAGAACACGUUGGCUGGAGACAAGCAGGGAUACUGGCUAGAAAUUUCUGUGGAGUAUGCAGGUAAGAGUACAUCUGAGCUGCUGGAGAUAUGGAGUCGCGAGGCUGUGGCUGCGCUUACUGCUCGGUCCUCUGGUGGACACAUUGAGCUUUGGAAGAGUGUUAUGGAGAGGAAGGUACACAUGUUUAUAGCAAUGGACCCGGUUGAGCUGGAUAAACUGUCAUUCGAGCUGCCGAUCAUGAAGGAAAAUGGGUGCAAUGUAAAUAUACAGGCCUUGGCGAUACACGAUCUUGAAGACUACUGUGCUCGCAUAUCAUCUGAUACCAUGUGAUUGAUGGACUGCUGUUAAUGGCAGGAGUGGCCUAAUAUGGCAUGAAGCGAUGACGACUGUUGGGCUUAGUUAUAGUUUAAAUAUAUGGCAGCAGGGUUUGCUAAUCAGAUAAUUAUUAUUUGAGUAAAAGAAAGUUUCAGUGGCAGUGUAGUUUGGGUAAAAGAGAACAUUUCACUCAUAUUCCAUGACUGGCUCAUGAAAUUUACUAUUAAAACGGGGAAAAACCUUGAAUUAGAUUGAUGUUCUAAAGAAGAUUGAAUCUUGUGUCUUGUGUAUGUAAGGGUUUGUAUAAGAUCAUGUUUAAAGCAGAACAUGCACAUUCAAUGUGCCAUAGACAUGGUGUUGGCUGUUACAACUAUUAUAACAGUCUUGUUUUUGAAUGAAAUACAAGACGUCUUUCUUAACAACUCAAAAGAUUUUGGUGAGAAUAUAAAUUAAAGAAACCUUAAGAAAAAAGCACUAAAUGUAUUGAAUUUUUGGUGAUAGCUUUAACAAUGAAAUGCUAACUACGAGCACAAAAUAUGGAGUUAUGUAAAGAUUUGAUUAAACCAAUAUACUGGAGUAUAAUGCUACCAAUCUGCGUGUGAAUGCACUGUAUUAUUGGUUAAAUGUAAAAAUAAUAAACAAAUCUGAACUUUUGAUAUAUUUUUUUAUUAGAAGGUGAUAGAAAUGAAUGCCAUCAAAUGUUGUUUUUUUCAUAAAAUUAAAAUUCGCAUUCCUGUAAUGUUUUCUGUUCAUAAGUGCUCUUAGGUUACAUAGCAGGUGCAGCAAUACCAUUUUAUUUUUAAUGUUACAGUUUAGAAUAGAAAAUUACUAUUGUUUUGACAUCAGAAAAACUAUGCCACCAAGCAUGAGUAAAAUACAUUAACUCAGUGUGCUGUGCUUAAUAUGAUACCAUGUUAAAACAUAAAUAAAAUAAAAGAACUGUAUGAUGGAUGUUAUUGGACAGUUGUUAAGACAUCCUUUACUCUGUAUUCAUUAGUAUAUUCAAAGAUAAAGAAAUCAGCUACAUUCAUUUCAAAGAUGAAAAAGUGUUUUUUUGCACAAAUGAAUAAGACGUCAUUUGACCUUAUAGGGAUGUCCAAUGUUGCACUACUACAACUAUUUUAAAAUAUAACUUCAUCGGGCAAAUGAAUGUACCUGAAAUUAAUUUUGCACAUGAAAAGAAACGAUUGCGAUGAUUUCUAUGAUAUUUUUAAAUACAAUUAUUACGUUUGAUGAACAAUGGCUUUGUUAUGGCCCUCGUGUGUGCAACCUUUUUACUUGUUAUGUACAUUGUAAUGUUAUUAAACAAGA